UUGAUGUUUUGUGAAGGAGGCAGCUGAUCACUAUCAAUCAAUGCGGAGUAAUAGGAAGGAGGGGAGACACCGAGGAAGGGAGUGACGGCUCAUUCCACUCGGCAGCAGCAGGCAGGACACGGCGGCGCCUCCCGGGGAGCUCCAUCCAGUGUCUGCUUCCAACUGUACUGAAUGAGAAUACCUCUUUGACCGGCAGGGCAGAACUCAUCAGAGGACCAUGGAUUUUGUUAUGAAGCAAGCUUUAGGGGGGGCAACAAAGGAUAUGGGGAAGAUGCUCGGAGGUGAAGAAGAGAAAGAUCCAGAUGCCCAAAAGAAAGAAGAAGAAAGACAAGAAGCACUGCGUCAACAAGAGGAUGAGAGGAAGGCCAAACAUGCCAGGAUGGAAGCAGAAAGGGAGAAAGUCCGGCAACAAAUAAGAGAUAAGUAUGGUUUGAAAAAGAAAGAGGAAAAAGAAGCAGAAGAGAAGGCAGCCAUGGAACAGCCUUGUGAAGGUAGCUUGACCCGUCCAAAGAAAGCCAUUCCAGCAGGUUGUGGUGAUGAUGAUGAAGAGGAAGAAGAAAGCAUUUUGGAUACUGUACUCAAGUACCUCCCAGGUCCUCUCCAGGACAUGUUUAAAAAGUAACUGUGACCACCGAAGUGAACUUCUUCUCUAGCUAAACAUAUUUUCAGCUACAAAAAUUGGGGACCAGCUAUGGAAUCUUUAAUCACAAAAGAUACAUAAAAGCACACAAAUGGAUAACACAAAAAAGAAUAAACAAUAGGAUAAUCUAGAACCUUCUUUACUGACAGAUAUAACCAUACAUGCAGACGUAUAGGCACAGUUGCAUACAUAUAUACAUUCCGGAGAACACAAGGACAGAAAAUUCUACUUCUAAUUUCCUUUUUAUAGACAUGGCUCUUUAAUCCUUACCACUAUGUUACAUGGACCAAACCUGGCACGGCUGCUUUUUUUCAGCAGAGGCAGAAUGUACAAGACUUUUCAGUUUUGGAUCUGACGUUGCUGAGCAGCUGUUAUCAGCUGAGUAGAUAGGGUUAAUGUCUGUGCCCUAUAGAUGUUUACUAGACAACAAAACAAGGCUUCAGUGAUCAACAAUACCUGAAAGCUCAUAAUAGUCCUUCAAGUGUCAAUAAUAUGUGUAAAUAAUGAGCUCCUCUCCCAUAUGGGUAAAAGGACAUGCAAAGUGACAAGUGACAUAUGCAGAUUUACAGUCCACUUUGUGAAUUUUGUCGCACACUGUGUGAUUUCUGGGAGCUUGAAAUAUGUCAUGAGAUGCAUGUGGAGAAACCCUAGUGUGUUUCCAUCUGUUCUGUGCACUGUAUAUUGUUUUCUUGUUUCUCUUUCUUCUCGCCUUUCCUUAUCUCUUCCUUGCUAAUGGGACCUGCAGCAUUUAGCUUUUUUAUUCCAAAUUUUUGAUCCACCAACAUCCUUUGCACAGAAAUUUUGGAGAGUUCUACACAAAAUUAAACAACUUCUGGUGCCAUGUAGAAGUUACAUUUAUCCUGCGGGUCUCUUAGCAAUAAUUUUCUUGAAAAGGGAACAAGGAUCUGAAGGCUGGUGUGGAUCCUCACAUGAAUGCUACUAGGGUCCAUAGACUUCUCUUCUAGAGUUCUAUGACUGUAAUGCUGAUUGCAUGCUUAGGAAAAUUCAAGUGUUUAAUGCCUUUUUGAAAUUGCAAGCACUGUCUGUCUUAGUCCUGUGCCUAUCACUGUAUUUUCUUGUUUACAUUAAUACCAGUAGCGCUGUGAAUCUAACAUGUAUAGCGUUGUGUGCACUCAGCAGCCACUCACGUCAUUAUUUUUUACUGGGAGAGAUCUUCUUUUCUGUAAUCAAACCAAAGUGAUUUUCUGUUUGUCUCUGUCAGUCAAAGUGUAUGUCCAACAUUGCAAAGACAUGCAGACAUAAUUCCUUUACCCUUUCACCAAGGCAAAAUGCCAAGGACCAAAACUGCAGAUCCUAUAAAGGAUAGCAUAAUAUUUUGUAUAAUAUAGCACAGGGUUCAUAAGUCUCUUGGAACCACUCUAUAUACCCAUGGUUGUCAUUAGAUCCCAUGUUUGUAUAGCAUUAUUUUUAUAAAGAGGUCUGGUACAUUCCAUUCACCCUGUGAUUAACAAAAGUCAGUAUCUUUAUGACAUAUUAGUGAAUUACAGUAAUACUUUUCCAGGAUAUAUGCACAAUGUACACUUAUAAAAGGUAACAACAUGUGUUUGCUACAAGGCUGUAAAACAAAACAAAACUUAGUCUGUCAUAGAAGCAGGAAUUCUCUUUAAAAUCAUAUCCUUUAAAUAUUCCCUCAUUUCCCAGGAAAAAAAAUCUAUUGCAUGUAGUGUACAUCAGGAUGGCUCCUGGCCAAUAUAAAAUGAUAAUGUUUCAGUUUAUCAGUGAUUCACACUGUAAUGUCUGUAGAGCAGCCAUGUGAACAGUUCUCAUUCUGGGCAUUGAAUAAAGCAGCUCUAUCUGCCUACAGCACAGCAGGAAGUUCCAGCAUCUGCAGCUGAGUUACAUCCACCCAGCUGCAUUUUAAAAAAAAAUCUUAUCUGCUUCUGCAAAACACCCCCUUGUUUGGCUCUUUUCACAGUGCACAAGCCUGAGUGGCAGUAUGCAACACAACCCA